AUGGCUGGAAAGCGGAAGAAGGCCAAACCACGGAGCGACGCGGCACCGAGCGAUGCCAGUGGCACGCGGCAGUGCUCGGAGUCGCACACCACCUUCGAUGCGGGUCUCGCUUCCCUCCUAGGCAACGCCAUCGGCGUCCAGGAGUUUCGGGAAAGCUUCUUCGAGCAAAAGCCGCUGCACAUUCAGCGUUCGGGGAGUGCCAAGUACUACGCACAACUCGACGGCGUGUCAAGCCCAGAGAGGCUUUUCAAGCUCAUGGAUGAGGGCGCUGUGCCGGUGUACCGAAUCAACAUGUUCCGGUGCAAAGAUGGCAGCAACAAGGAAACCCCGAACCCACCGCCAUCGUCCCCGGCGGACGUACGCCGACUGUUUCAGGAAGGCUGGAGCAUCCAGUGGCUGCAGCCGCAGCAGGAGCACGACGCUCUGGCUUCGUUGGUGGUAGCUUUGGAGACCGAGUUCGGAUGCCUCGUCGGGGUAAACGCAUACCUCACCCCGCCAGGCACCCAAGGUGUUCAUGGGGUGAUGCAUCUCGAUCUGAAGCCCUGA